CCCCAAAAAUGUAAACAUAGGGCAUUAACUACAUAUUUUAAAUGCCCCCGUAUCUUUGUUACCUAACACUUCUGGACUGGGAGAACUCGCUGGCCAGAGCGGAUGGUUGGAAAGCACAGUCUUCAAAUGGAUUUUAAAAUUGAACACACUUGGGAUGGUUUUCCAGUGAAGCAUGAGCCAGUGUUUGUCAGGCUGAAUCCAGGUGAUAGAGGAGUGAUGAUGGAAGUCAGCGCUCCAUUUUUCAAUGAUCCUCCAGCCCCACUAGGAGAACCAGGAAAGCCUUUCAAUGAACUGUGGGAUUAUGAAGUUGUGGAAGCAUUUUUCUUGAAUGACAUAACUGAACAGUAUUUAGAAGUUGAACUUUGUCCCCAUGGACAGCAUUUGGUGCUUUUACUCUCUGGAAAAAGAAAUGUAUGGAAACAAGAACUUGAUCUAUCGUUCAAAGCGUCCAGAGGAGAGACAAAAUGGGAAGGUAGAGCUUAUCUUCCUUGGAGUUAUUUUCCACCAAAUGUGACAAAAUUCAAUUCAUUUGCAAUUCAUGGAUCAAAAGAUAAAAGAAGCUAUGAAGCUCUUUACCCUGUACUUCCACAUGAGCUGCAGCAAGGACAAAAACCUGAUUUCCAUCAUCUGGAAUACUUCAAGCCUUUCAGUUUUAACACACUGCUUGGAGAAGAGUGGAAACAACCAGAGUCAGACCUGUGGCUAAUAGAGAAACCUGAUGUGUAGGAGUAUAGUAGAUGACCACAUCAAUCAUUUCUUCUCUGUACCUUUUAAGUAACAAUUUGGAGGGGAUUCUGAGAAGAUGGUGGAAUGGGAAGCACCAGGAAUGUGUCUACCCACCUGGACAACAAUUGCACCAGCAGAACUGUCUGAUCUAAUUGCUUUGGAACUCUGGAGUCUGUUGAAGGUGGAGUUGACUGCUUUCUGAUAAAGGCUUUGGAAACCUUGAAAAAUGAAAAUAGCCAACUACAAACUAGAGGCACUUUGUGAGCAUCAGAAAAAUGCACAUCAACAUUUGAAUUAGCCGAAUUCCAGCAGCUGGAAGGCAGAAAGUGUGGAAAGUCGAGUUCAGGAUUUGCUGGUAAGGGUAGCAAUACUGCAAAGGAGACUGAAUGCUCGGCUUUGACUCCUGUGUUGAAAUUAGGUGUUGAAAUUAGGGGCCUCAUAGAGAAAGAGUGGGACCCUGAGACCUGGAAUGAGGACAUUUGAAUGGAUGAGCCUGUUCUGGCAUAUCUUGAACCCCAGAUUUUCCUUCACCCUCCGGGCUGGCAGAAGCAGCUCCUUUACCCUCGUCAGAGGCAGUCAUCCUCAACUUGCCUAGACAUUCCCCCCAAAACCUCACCUAUGGCAGAUCCUCAGAAAUAGUACUUGCCAAAACAUGCCAUUUCCUCACCAGACUGAAAAUGAGGAUCAGAUUGCAGCACGGCUCAAGCGGAAACAGCAGUAAUAAGUACAUGCCAUGGGAAGAAGUACUGUGUUCACUGAAAGGUUAUGGGACCUGGAACCAGGGAAGUACAUGUUGGAGUGGAUCUAGUUAUUCUACUAGAGAAGGCAGUAUAUAUGGCUGGA